CUUCAAACCAGCUUGCAGCUGUCAUUUUUGUAGCCUGUAUCGCCCAUAGUGUCCCAAGGGGACAAGCUCAAUCUGACUCACGUUGCAGUUGGAGGUUGCUGUCCUAUCUCUGGCUUACCCUCAGAUCCUCCCUUUUCCCCUCCUGGUUUCUUCCCAAACCUCUUGCUCUCCUUAAACCCUCUUUACUUGGAGUGAACCACCAUGGCAACCGCAAAGCCCAAAGGGCAGAACUCUCUGGCCCUCCACAAAGUGAUCAUGGUGGGCAGUGGUGGAGUGGGGAAGUCAGCCCUCACUCUGCAGUUCAUGUAUGACGAGUUUGUUGAGGACUAUGAACCAACCAAAGCGGACAGCUAUAGGAAAAAGGUAGUUCUGGAUGGGGAGGAGGUCCAGAUAGACAUCCUGGACACUGCGGGACAAGAGGACUAUGCUGCCAUCCGGGACAACUACUUCCGCAGUGGGGAGGGCUUCCUCUGUGUCUUUUCCAUCACUGAGGCAGAGUCGUUUGCAGCUACAGCAGACUUCAGGGAGCAGAUAUUGCGGGUGAAGGAGGAUGAGAGUGCACCCUUCCUCCUGGUGGGGAACAAGUCUGACUUGGAGGACCGGAGGCAGGUCAGCGCGGAAGAGGCCAAGGCGCGUGCUGAACAGUGGGGCGUGUGCUACGUGGAGACCUCUGCCAAAACCCGUGCCAAUGUCGACAAGGUAUUCUUUGACCUGAUGAGAGAGAUCCGAGCAAGGAAGAUGGAGGACAGUAAAGAGAAAAACGGCAAGAAGAAAAGGAAAAGUUUGGCCAAGAGGAUUCGAGAGAGAUGCUGCAUUUUAUAGUGACAAGGGGUUCAGUGAUGACUGCUUUGUGUAUAUAAAUAUUUCACCUAUUUUUGCAUUUUAUUUGUGCCCAUAGAAGCCCCUUACUCCUGGUUCUGGUACCCAGGGAUUCUAGUCUUGGAUCAGAAGUAACUGGUUGGUUUAACAAAAGGUGAGUGGCACUGACUGUGGCAAGUGGUUCAUGGACAGAUUUGGCAGUCCCAUAAUCCUUGUUGCUCAAUCAAUCCUCUAUGCUCUGACACUCCUCAAACCUGCGGCCUCUUUAGUUCUUCUGGAUCACAUGUUAGAGAUGGCACAGAUGUAAUGUGGUGAAAACAUUGGGCUUGGCACUUUGUAGGCUGAUUUUCUUUUUUUAAAUACAAUUUUUUUUUGAUCGUGAAUAGAACUUAAGUGUAAGCAUACCCAACAAGACCAUGGUCAUGUUAUGACUGAGAUCUUGGACAGCCCCAAACCCAGAACAUUUUCCUACUUCUGAGGGACCCUUUCCAAUUGAAAUGAUUUGACACCAAUUAACCUGAUUGGAUGAGAGGGAAAAAGCCUGCAUGCCCCCAGGGUUGGGUUUCCCAAAAGCAUCUUAAGGCUAAGUUCGUUAGAAAUUUCGUAGGAGCAUCGUUAAAUCUCAGAGCUGUUUCACAAAACGAUCAUUACUAACAUCCAUUUGAAAUCACUUGUAUCUAACUACUGCUUCAGACCACUUGUAGAACAGCUAAAGUGUCAGAAUAUCUUUUGCCCUCCCGCAUAACUUUACACACCAUCUCAGAUAAACACAAUCAGUGUUUGUCUCUGACUGCCGUUAACUUCAUAGUUGAAAAAAAAAUAGUCCACAAAAUGUGCAAUGCUACAAACAAGCGAAGCAAUGACAACAGGUUUGAAAUGAAAACCGAGAUUACUAUAUUGUAAGAUAGAUAUUAGAAUACAUAUUUCAGUCAUAUUGAAAUUGUUUAAUCAAUUGAGUUAUAUUUUUCUAAUUGUAGGCUACUGUAAGAUGUGCCAAAUCUGGUUUAGUGUAUUAUUAUAGGCUAAGCUGAUCAUACUUUCUGUAGGAGCAUGUCCUUCAUCACUAUUGUAUAUUCUUUCUAGGCCCAGGACUAGUUAGGCACUGAAUUAUUUUAAAAAUAAACCAAAAAUCCAGGUGUACUAUUGAUGCAUACACUUAAGUUUUCAAAACUUCAAAAUCAUGUACAUAAGCACACUAACAAGCUUUGUUCUCCUCUGUUGUGAGGGGAAUCAGUUUCAUUAUUUACACUCCCUUUUAUUCAUUCUUGGAGAGAAGACCAAUUCUUUGGGUUCUCGUUCAUUAUGGUAGAAGGGUGUGAAAUUUGACUGUUUACCUGUCCUUUACUUCAUUUACUUUUUCCAUAUUCUCUGUCACGUUCUCUCUUGGUUUCUAUAGCAUCAAGUCCUUUCCAUUACUGCUGCCUCAGACCCACUUGUUACAGACUGGGUCAACUGGAUCCUAUCUAAACAUGUCAUAGAUCUUUGGUUUUAAAGGGCUAUUACACUUCCUAAUUUUGCCUUGUUUUAGACUUGGUUCAUUAAGAAAUGCUAGUUUCCAUGACUGAAUUCAAACGGGAGUUGGUUUCGCGGUCUGGUUUGAUGUAGGUGUCUCUUGUGUGUUCGCAGAUGGGAAGAGUUAGCCAAUUAGCUUCAGCCGGCUGGUGUGCUACCUUGGCAAAAUUGGUUUGACUUUGGAUAGCCUAUCUCUGGGAAUAGUAGGGACUAGAUGUCGACCGAUUAUGAUUUUUCAACGCCGAUACUGAUUUAUUGGAAGACCAAAAAAAGUCAUAUCGAUUUAAUCGGCCGAUUUAAUAAUAAUGAAAUUUAAAAAAAUAAAUAAAAAAUAAAUACUUGGUUAAUUUAAACACUGGAGUGAUAGAUGUGCAGAAGAUAAAUGUGCAAGUAGAGAUACUGGGGCGCAAAGGAGCAAAACAAAAAUUGUAUGGGGAUGAGGUAGUUGGAUGGGCUAUGUGCAGUGAUCUGUGAGCUGCUCUGACAACUGGUUCUUAAAGUUAGUGAGGCAGAUAUGGAUCUCCAGCUUCAGUGAUUUUUGCAAUUCGUUCCAGUCAUUGGCAGCAGAGAACUGUAAGGAAAGUUGCCAAAGGAAGUGUUGGCUUUGGGGGUGAACAGUGAAAUAUACCUGCUGGAGCGCGUGCUACGGGUGGUUGCUGCUAUUGUGACCAGUAAGCUGAGACGGGGCUUUACUUAGCAAAGACUUAUAGAUGACCUGGAGCCAGAGGGUUUGUCGGCGAGUUUGAAGCGAGGGCCAGCCAACGAGAGCCUACAGGUCGCAGUAGUAGGUAGUAUAUGGGGCUUUGGUGACAAAACGGAUGGCACUGUGAUAGACUGCAUCAAAUUUGCUGAGUAGAGUGGUGGAGGCUAUUUAGUAAAUAACAUCGCCGAAGUCAAGGAUUGGUAGGAUUGGAGAUACUUAAUGUGAGUCUGGAAGGAGAGCUUACAGUCUAACCAGACACCUAGGUAUUUGUAGUUGUCCACAUAUUUUAAGUCAGAACCGUCCAGGCUAGUGAUGCUGGAUGGGCGUGCUGGUGCGGGCAGCGAUCGGUUGAGGAGCAUGCAUUUAGUUUGACCUGCAUUUAAGAGCAAUAGGAGGCCACGGAAGGAGAGUUGUAUGGCAUUGGAGGUUAAGUGUCCGAAGAAGGGCCAAAUGUAUACAGGAUGGUGUCGUCUGCGAUCAGUGAGUCACCAGCAGCAAGAGCGAGAUCAUUGAUGUAUACAGAGAAAAGAGUCAGCCUGAGAAUUGAACCCUUUGGCAGUCCCAGAGACUGCCAGAGUUCCGGACAACAGGCCCUCCGAUUUGACACGCUAAACUCUGUCUGAGAAGUACUUGGUGAACCAGGGGAGGCAGUCAUUUGAGAAACCAGGGCUCUUGAGUCUGCGGUGAUUGACAGUCGAAAUCCUUGGCCAGGUUGAUGAAUACAGCUGCACAGUAUUGUCUCUUAUCGAUGGUGGUUAUGAUAUCAUUUAGUACCUUGAGCGUGACUGAGCUGCACCCAUGACCAGCUCGGAAACCAGAUUGCAUAGCGGAGAAGGUACGGUGGAAAUCAGGGUAGGAUAUAUAUAUAUAGGUCUGUAGCAGUUUUUGUCUAGAGUGUCUCCCCCUUUGAAGAGGGGGAUGACCGCGGCAGCUUUCUAAUCUUUGGGGAUCUCAGACGAUACAAAAGAGGUUGAACAGGCUAGUAAUAGGGGUUGCAACAAUUUCGGUUGAUCAUUUUAGAAAGCGAGGGUCCAGACUGUCCAGCCCUGCUAAUUUGUAGGGGUCCAAAUUUUGCAGCUCUCUCAGAACAUCAGCCAUCUGGAUUUGUGUAAAGGAGAAAUGGGGGAGGCUUGGACAAGUUGCCGUGGGGGGUGCAGGGCUAUUGACCAGGGUAGGGGUGGCCAGGUGGAAAGCAUGGCCAGCCGUAGAAAAAUGCUUAUUGAUAUUCUCAAUUAUUCUUGAUUUAUCGGUGGUGAGUGUUUCCUAGCCUCAGUGCAGUGGGCAGCUGGGAGGAGGUGCUCUUAUUCCCCAUGGACUUUAGUGUCCCAGAAUUUUGGGGAGUUUGUGCUGUUGGAUGCACAUUUCUGUUUGAAACAGCUAGCCUUUGCUUUCCUAACUGCCUGUAUAUAUUUGUUCCUAUAUAUUUGCGUAUCGUGGGGGCUAUUUGAUGCGAAUGCCGUAUGCCACAGGAUGUUUUUGUGCUGGUCAAGGACAGUCAGGUCUGGAGUGAACCACGGGCUAUAUCUGUUCCUGGUUCUAUAUUUGUUUUGAAUGGGGCAUGCUUAUUUAAUAUUGCGAGGAAAGCACUUUUAAAGAAUAACCAGGCAUCUUUUACUGACUGCAUGUGCUCAAUUUGUUUCAACUUUUGCUACUUUGCAUGACGGUUUGUACUGAACGACACGUUUCCCAAAAACUUUCUUGAACACAGAGGUACAUUUGCUCCAUUUGUGGGUGUAGUUAAUCAAUGCUUCAUGUAUUCAAUUUCUCAAAUUCAGUUCUCUCAAUUGAUUCAAAAAUGGGGCCAACAUCCUGGUACUUUGCCCAGCCAGGAAAGUAGUAAACAGAAGGUUCUGGCAGAUGGGCUUUCUGUUCCCCUCUGAUGCUCAUACCCAUGUUAGAAGGGAAGGUCGCAAAAAAAAUGUUAUUUUGCCCCCUUAGGAAUAUACACUGCUCAAAGAAAUAAAGGGAACACUUAAACAACACAAUGUAACUCCAAGUCAAUCACACUUCUGUGAAAUCAAACUGUCCACUUAGGAAGCAACACUGAUUGACAAUACAUUUCACAUGCUGUUGUGCAAAUGGAAUAGACAACAGGUGGAAAUUAUAGGCAAUUAGCAACACACCCCCAAUAAAGGAGUGGUUCUGCAGGUGCAGACCACUUAUUUCCUAUGCUUCCUGGCUGAUGUUUUGGUCACUUUUGAAUGCUGGCGGUGCUUUCACUCUAGUGGUAGCAUGAGACGGAGUCUACAACCCACACAAGUGGCUCAGGUAGUGCAGCUUAUCCAGGAUGGGACAUCAAUGCGAGCUGUGGCAAGAAGGUUUGCUGUGUCUGUCAGCGUAGUGUCCAGAGCAUGGAGGCACUACCAGGAGACAGGCCAGUACAUCAGGAGAUGUGGAGGAGGCUGUAGGAGGGCAACAACCCAGCAGCAGGACCGCUACCUCCGCCUUUGUGCAAGGAGGAGCACUGCCAGAGCCCUGCAAAAUGACCUCCAGCAGGCCACAAAUGUGAAUGUGUCUGCUCAAACGGUCAGAAACUGACUCCAUGAGGAUGGUAUGAGGGUCCGACGUCCACAGGUGGGGUUGUGCUUACAGCCCAACACCGUGCAGAACGUUUUUCAUUUGCCAGAGAACACCACGAUUGGCAAAUUCGCCACUGGCGCCCUGUGCUCUUCACAGAUGAAAGCAGGUUCACACUGAGCACAUGUGACAUGCGUGACAGUCUGGAGACGCCGUGUAGAACGUUCUGCUGCCUGCAACAUCCUCCAGCAUGACCGGUUUGGCUGUGGGUCAGUCAUGGUGUGGGGUGACAUUUCUUUGGGGUGGCCGCACAGCCCUCCAUGUGCUCGCCAGAGGUAGCCUGACUGCCAUUAGGUACCGAGAUGAGAUCCUCAGACCCCUUGUGAGACCAUAUGCUGGUGCGGGAUGGCCCUGGGUCCUCCUAAUGCAAGACAAUGCUAGACCUCAUGUGGCUGGAGUGUGUCAGCAGUUCCUGCAAGAGGAAGGCAUUGAUGCUAUGGACUGGCCCGCCCGUUCCCCAGACCUGAAUCCAAUUGAGCACAUCUCGCUCCAUCCACCAACACCACAGACUGUCCAGGAGUUGGCGGAUACUUUCGUACAGGUCUGGGAGGAGAUCCCUCAGGAGACCAUCCGCCACCUCAUCAGGAGCAUGUAGAGGCGUUGUAGGGAGGUCAUACAAGCACGUGGAGGCCACACGCACUACUGAGCCUCAUUUUGACUUGUUUUAAGGACAUUACAUCAAAGUUGGAUCAGCCUGUAGUGUGGUUUCCCACUUUAAUAACCUCCAUGAGUUGAUAAAUUUGAUUUCCAUUGAUUCAUUUUUGUGAUUUUGUUGUCAGCACAUUCAACUAUGUAAAGAAAAAAGUAUUAAAUAAGAAUAUUUCAUUCAUUCAGAUCUAGGAUGUGUUAUUUUAGUGUUCCUUUUAUUUUUUUGAGCAGUGUAUUUCAAUAUCCCUGUCGAGCCUUUCCACUCCCUAUUUAAUCUUGCUCUUGUGACUGAGUGGGUUCGAACCAGGUCUUCUGCAUGUCAGAAGACUGUUAGCCCACUUAGCUAAAGCACAUUGGGAUGAAUUCAGGAAGCAAACACAAGUAUUCAAGUCUCCAGCAAGGUUACUUGAAGAGUAUGGUUCAUCAAACCACCUCGGUUGCAUUUUAUCCUCUUUAGACCUCGUACUCGGAGAUUAUGGCACCAAUAUAAUUGUCUGGGUUUUAAUUCCAGCGUACUGCACGACACUGGCAAACCGAAGCAGAACCAUCUGGCUUAUCAGAGCCCUUCUAAGGAUAGCCUUUCCAUUUCAUAGCCAUAAGGACAGCCUUUCCACUCCUAUGACAUUGCUAUUCAACUAUAUUCUUAUGGGGGCCAAAUUUUGUUUUUUGUGACAUUCCCUUCUAACUUGGCUUGUGAUCAUCAUAGAGGGGAAUAAUAUUAGCUUAUAGCCAAAGCGGUUCAAAUGUUAGAGCCAAACUCGUGCGGAGAAAAUGUAUUCAACAUGCCACAUUGGCUUCAGUAACCACCAGAAGUUCAUGUUUACCACAGCGAGCAUUUGAUUCGAUCUCUUCUCCUCUACCUUCUCUGGUUGGCAAGGUGAUGUUGCGAGGUACUGUACAUAAUAUAUAAGGAGGUACUGUACAUAAUGACGAGAUGGUCUUGUCUGCGCCCCUAACAAUGGUAGCCGUUGUUCCAAAAGCGGGAAGGCAGGCAGACUGCUUAUCACUUGUAUUCCUGCAUGGAGAAAUUGACGGGAGGGGACCCUCUCACUUCACCUCUUCCUCUCUAGUCAUCACACUGUCAUUAACAUUGAUGCCUUGAUGUCCAUUGUGAUUGUGAACAAGUAGACCAGCGUUUCCAAAACUCAUUCUGCGGUACCCCAAGGGGUGUACGUUUUGGUUUUUGCAUUAAGUGCUAGGGCAAAAGCCAAAACGUGUGCCCCUUUGGGUCCCGAGGACAGAGUUUGGGAAAACCCUGAAAUAGACUAUCCCCACACCUAGAUUAAGUUAUAUGCAAUGUUUGGAGUACCUCUUUUUGAGCCUCAAAUUGUUUUCCUUUUGACUGAAUUCCUUGUUAUUGGAAUUUCAUCAUAAACAUUACAUUUCAGACAUUACGUUUGACUACUUCAAUUCUUUAACUCUUACCCGCCAUGUCUAGACUUGACAGUUCAUUCAGCUUUUGUAUUUUGAUCAUGGAGUUCUGAUCAUGCAAUUAAGAACACGUCAUACAACUAAAACUACAUUUAAAUGUGUCCAGUCUCCCUUUUCCCAUGCUAUAUUCAAAUGCCAGUAUGCAUUCUGCAAAUGGUGGAACAGGAUAAAUCUGAGACAACUUGAUGGCUGUAGCCUACUAGCCAGCUAACCUCUGUAACUAGCCAGCAAGUUGCAGGACACACUACUCAUUCCAGGGUUUUACUUUAUUUUUGCUUUAUUUUUACUAUUUUCUACAUUGUAGAAUAAGAUAUAAAAACUAUAAAAUGGCACAUAUGGAAUCAUGUACUAACCAAAAAGUGUUAAACAAAUCAAAAUAUAUUUGAGAUUCUUCAAAGUAGCCACCCUUUGCAUUGAUGACAGCUUUGCACACUCUUUGCAUUCUCUCAACCACCUUAAUGAGGUAGUAACCUGGAAUGCAUUUCAAUUGACAGGUGUGCCUUGUUAAAAGUUAAUUUGUGGAAUUUCAUUCCUUAAUGCGUUUAAGCCAAUCAGUUGUGUUGUGACAAGGUAGGGGUGGUAUACAGAAGUCCAUAUAAUGGCAAAAACAGCUCAAAUAAGUAAAGAGAAAUUAAGAACUUUGAACGUUUCUUCAAGUGCAGUUGCAAAAACCAUCACGCGCUAUGAUGAAACAUCAACUGUUCAGAGAAGACUGUAUGAAUCAGACCUUCAUGGUCGAAUUACUGCAAAGAAACCACUACUUAAGGACACCAAUAAGAAGAGACUUGCUUGGGCCAAGAAACACAAGCAAUGAACAUUACAGGUAGAAAUCUAUCCUUUGGUCUGAUGAGCCCAAAUUUGUGGUUUUUGGUUCCAACUACCAUGUCUUUGUGAGACGCAGAGUAGGUGAGCGGAUGAUCUCGGCAUGUGUAGUUCCCACCGUGAAGCACGGAGGAGGAGAUGUAAUGGUGUGGGGGUGCUUUGCUGGUGACACUGUCAGUGAUUUUAUUUAGAAUUAAAGGUACACUUAACCAGCAUAGCUACCACAGUAUUCUGCAGAGAUACGCCAUCCCAUCUGGUUUGCACUUAGUCCCACUAUCAUUUGUUUUUCAACAGGACACUCCAGGCUGGAGAGUGAUGGAGUGCUGACCUGGCCUCCAUAAUCACCUGACCUCAACCCAAUUGAGAUGGUUUGGGAUGAGUUGGACCACAGAGUGAAGGAAUAGCAGCCAAUAAGUGCUCCGCAUAUGUGGGAACUCCUUCAAGACUGUUAAAAACAUUCCAGGUGAAGCUGGUUGAGAGAAUGCCAAAGAAUGGCUACUUUGAAGAAGGUCAUAUUAAAAUACAUUUUGAUUUAGCACUUUUUUAGAUACUACAUGAUUCCACAUGUUAUUUCAUUAGUUUUGAUGUCUUCACUAUUAUUGUUGUAGAAAAUAGUAAAAAUAAAGAAAAACCAUUGAAUGAGUAGGUGUCCAAACGUUUGACUGGUACUGUAGCUAGCAACGCUAAAGGGAUUUCUUACAGGUUAGCUUAACUCUAGCCAAACAAAACAUUGUUUUUCACUAGCCAAACACUAGCCAACUAGCUAAUUGAAGCUAGCAAACACCUUUCUUACAGGCUAGGAACGUAUUUCCUUCAACAUUUAAUGAAAAAAAAAAAAUGUGCUUCUCUCCCAAAACACAAGUUUUCUGGAAACUUGUGGGCGGAGUGCUGAUGUGGCCCACUGCUUGCACCUUCAGUAGCCUGAUUGGGUCCAGAAUGAGAAGAAAUUCACACAUGCAUGCGUCUCUGACCACCUCUUGAAGUGGUGAGACUGAUCCGACCACCACUGAUCCGACCGACCGGAUCCGACUUUUGUGCAUCUAUACCGGUCUUUUUCAAUGCGAUGUUCAUAUUCUGAUAGGCGAAGUCGCAUGUAAAUGUCAAGUGUAGACAGGCAGUCCAAUUCUGAUUUGGCAAAAGAGCUUAAUCUGAUUUGGUCAAAUUAGUGGGAAAAGAUCAUAAUUGGGCUGCCUGUGUAAACACAGCCUUAAAGUAAUUGUCCAGUGGAUCUAUUUUAAAAGUUACAAAUUCUGAUAACUCAUACCCGUAUAAUGUCGUGACUCAGCCUAUACUCGUAUUUUUGGCCAAAGCAUGAAUUGGAGAAUAAACACUUCAAAACCACCACAAUUGUGUUUCUGACAGUUAAAAUUUAAAAACAAAAAAAGCUUUUCAUUUCCGCAGAAAGGAUGAUGAGCUGGCCAAUCAGCUGUCUACUCAUUAUUUUUUUUGUUGGUUUUCGCCCACUCCAUUCCUGCUCAAAGCUGUUUUUUUAACAUAUUUUUUAAGAAUUGGUAGAAAAACUUCACUCGUUUUGUAAUCAAUUCUGGAAACACUGGAAUGCUACUUUAAUAUAAAUCUGGAAAUACUGGAGUUACUUUGUUUUUGGAAAACUCAACCCAUGAUAGUUUGAACUUUUCAGUCUUACAUAACUUGAUGUUAAAACCCCCUAAAGUCUAUUGAUGCACCGGUGUGUUAUCUAAAUAACAUAAUUAAAAAUCCCAUCAAUCUGUCAGUUUGAGCUAGAGAGAUCUAGCAUGGGCUACGUCUCAAUCCACUUCAUCCGCCUAUGUCGCCCUUCCGCAUCUGCAGUGGAAAGUGGCGGAGCUACAGAGCUGUUUGUCAAACCAGUAGACAUCCAGAAAAUCCUAGACUCACAAACAUGACGGUGUUCUCCGUGUUUUGCUUUGACGUCCACAAGUGUCGCUGGACCAGUCCUAAAGGUAACCCAUACAAAUGAAUGGAGGUAGUUUUGUGCCAACAAAAAUAAGGGGUUAAAUGUGUAAUUCCUGAGCUUUCUUAUCUCCUUGAUAUAGGACAGACACUUCAAAACUUUAUUCCUUAUGAUUUAUUUUUGUACUGUCUUGUCGUUUAUGAAUGUAUAAUUCAUUGCGUUUAUAUGGGCUAUAGUAGUAAAGGCCAAGUGUAAUAUUUUGUCAUGCUUUAUUUAUUUUUUGGGGAUACCUAAAAGGCUCCUAAAAUUUCAAAUCAAAUAUCUAAAUGAUCCAUUGAAUGACCUUAAAACAAUUUCAUGUCAUCUUAGAACCCCCCCGCUCUUGUAGAAUUCUGUAUCAUACCAUAUUAUCUACUUCCAUGGUGCUACCUUGCUUUCUGACUGACCUAGAUCAAGUUCUGUUUGUUUGUGUGUAUGCACGUGCGUGGGUCCAAGCCCCUACUUGGUAACUCUGUCUCAAUUGACAAAUGUUUUUAUUAACUUAUUUUCCUAUUGUUCGGCGUAAUCACAAUGGACUGGGCCAGGUCAAAUUGAGCAAGGCCAGGUCUGGUUCGUGAGACUUAUGUAGGACUUUGUAUUACAUUUUGUUGCAGUAAUGUGAAUGCAGGUGAAUUUUCUCUACAGGAAACUUUUAAUGUGAGUUUUUUAUUUAUUUUAUGUUUUACUGUACACAUGUAUUGCCUUAUGUUUUAAUAUCCUUUUACUUUCAAUUUGUAAUAUUUAUCUUUGAUUUCCUUUAUCAAACUGAAGAUCAAUCUCAAUAUGGAUGUUGGUUAUACCUGUUAUGUAGUUAUUAUGUUGUCUGUUUACUCACAUCCUUAACAAAAACACUAAUGUAUCUUACUGUUACUGGGUACGAUAAUUGAAAUGCUGUGUACCUUUCAGUUCAUGUUUUGUGAGCUAUUGGAUAGACAAAUAAAGUGAUUAUAAUUUUUUACAAACAAA